AUGGAGAGAAAACACUGGGAGCAGUUAUUUUCUCCUAAUUUCAGCGCACAGGACUUUUUCAGUCAAGCCAAUCAAUCUGAAUCACUGAUGUUUGAAAAAUUGCCUUUAAAGAGAGUGAAGAGAUUGAAAAAAACGUCUACAAUACGGCAAUUACAAGAAUUCAAGAGGAAGAAGGGUUCAAAAGGAAAAGAAUGGCCUCCCAAACUCCUUGUUCGAGCAUAUGAACCUCAGUUAGUAGGUGCAAAGAUAAACAUUUCAAAGGAGGAAACAGAAGGGGAUUCUGCCUGCUGUGGGGCUGGUGAUUUAGAUGUCGGAGCUGAAGAAAGCUUACAGGGAACAGAGGGUCAUUAUUUGGGAAAUCGCGACCUUCAAGGUUUAAAACAAGGCUUAGGUGAAAAAUCAGCAAACUUAAGAUUGAAUGAAGAGUUGCUCCAGGCAAGAGAAGCAGCUUUUAACUUAAACAGCAAAGAUUUACAACGAGAGUCUGAGCAUUAAAACGGCAACCUGGGCUCGAAAAUAGGAUUCGCACAGAGAAGGUGGAAAUGCAUCGAUACUUGGGAAAAUAAGGAGGAAUUGGAAGCUGUUAAAAGUGAGCUAAAUGUUGAAAAGGUCUUGCAUGCCUGGAAUAUUAAAGCUUUAGAAAUACUUAAAGAACAUGUUUUGGCCCAACCACUGAGUGAUGCACUUGAUGACCUCGGGGUAAAUAUUUUCUAA